ACGUACUGCGCAGUAGAGAGUGUGGAUUCUGCGGGGAUAAUGGUUUUGGAUGGGUUUAGAUUAAAAAUCCAGAGUAAAAAGGGGACAGCACACUGCCUGCCUCGCGCAGGGCCCCUACUGGUCGUUCUGCGAGCUAUCAGCCUUUGUUACGGGUGGCGUUUUAUCCUCAAUACACGGGGAUCUGAUCAAACAUGGCGUCCGGCGCGAGCUAGAGGAUUUCGUGAGCUGCGUGGGAGAGGAUAAAGGCACCGGCAUGGAGAGGGGAACGCUCGGCGGCUGCACAUUUCCGUGAGAAAACAACAACACGGCGCGCUGUGCAGACGAUAAUCAGCUGAGCUGAGGGAAGUUGUCAGACGACGGGAUUUUUUUCUGACACAAGAUGGCGGCGGACCAGGACACACCACAGCAGGACCUGUGUAUGAUCCUGGUGAAGACUGUAACGCUCGGCGUGGUGAUCGUGGCUAGCUUGCUGGGCAACUCGCUAGUUUUAUACGUGCUGUACAAAGAGCAGGGCCUCCGCAAGCCGCCAUUUUUCCUGCUGGCGAACGUAUCUGUGGCCGACCUAGUCAAAACAGUUUUCUGUCUGCCUUUUGCCAUCAUCGCGGUGGUGAACGAUUCGGUUUGGAUUACGGGCGCCCUGUGCCAAGUGGUGGCGUUUUUCAACACCAUGCUCCUGUUCGGGGUGAUCUUCACGCAUUUCACCGUCAGCAUCACCAGAUACAUCGUGGUGACACACAGCAAGUUCCACAGGAAGAAGCUGACGGGCUCCGUCUGCGCGGUGCUCAUUUGUGUCAUCUGGACAGUCGCCAUCAUCAUGGCUUUCCCUCCCGUGUUCGGUCUGGGCACUUACGAAUUCAUUCGGGAAGAGGAGCAGUGCAAUUUCCGCCACAAACACUACCUGACCAACGACACCUUAGGAUUUCUCCUGAUCCUCUCAAUCGUGCUGUUUGCGACCCAUCUAAUCUAUUUGAGACUCUUCGUAUUCAUGCGCAUGCAUCGGAAGAUGAACCCUGUUGUCUUUGUACCCGCGCUGUCACACAACUGGACUUUUUUCGGGCCGGGGGCCACGGGGCAGGCAGCGGCGAACUGGAUGCAGGGGUUCGGGAGAGGACCGGCUCCCCCCGUACUGGGCGGCGGGAGACAACCACAGCAGCCCCGAAACAACAACAACAGCAGCUCGUCGAGCAUGCGGAACAACAAGCUACCAUGGAGAACGCUCCAGACAGAAAAGAAGACAAGCCGACUGCACUAUGUCAUCAUUUUUAUGUUCCUGGUCCUCUGGACACCGUACCUGGUGCAGUCGUACUGGCACAUGCUGGCGAAAGAACGGACAAUUCCCAGCGCGUUCAUGACUAUUUCGGCAUGGAUGACAUAUGUACAGGUCUGUGUCAACCCUUUCUUGUGCGUUCUAUUUAGCCGAGAAUUCCGCAAGGCCGCUCAAAAAAACUUGUAGCACCUGCACAUAAAUAUUGUUGUAAUAAUGAUGAUGAUGACAAAUUUGCGGCGGGAGCCAAAUUAUGAUGAAUAUUAAUAUUUCUGAAGUCCGUUAUUUAUUAUACUAUUCCAGCUUCUAUCAAUGCAAGAGUUUUGUAUUAGAAUUCUAUUUGUGUAUACUAAAGUAAAGGCCUGGGACAAAGCUGUAACAAACAAGAGAUUUUUUUGUACGAAGAAUAUGCCAUUUACCGUGCAACAAAAGACUGACACGUUCCAAUGGGCUCUACUAAAGAGCCACGCACACGAUAUAUUAUAGAUACACAAAACCUUAUUCAGAGCAAGGGAACCGUGAAAAGAGAUAUUAUUCCAAGCCUACAAUUCAAGGCACGAAAAGUAAACCAUUAGUUUAUGCUAGAUGUACAUUUAUCAAGCAAAUAGAUUUUGUUUGUAAGUUCGUAUCAUUUAUUCAAGAGUCGUAGAGUGAAAAGAAUUCAUUCCGUUGAGCGUAUAUUGUUGUACUUACGAGGUAUUGAAAUCACGUGGCUUAAAGUCUAUAAAGUAUGAGGAAUUGAAGGAUUUUACAAUUGCGACACUAAUACUUAAUUUUGUCACGAAUCUUUCUGAAGAUGAGAACAUUUCCGUUUCAAGUGCAAUUAUAUAGACACGCCAUAUUUCA